CUCCCUCCCUCUCUCCGUGUCACACACUCUGUGCUGAAGAGCACCAGGAGCUGUGAGCAGAGGAAGCGGGAACAACGCGGCUCCUCGCGAGCAGCAGAGCCGUUAUGAGCGGGUCAGCGCCUCUCAGCUCUGCCACCGGCUAGCACCGGGAGGAGAAGAGGCGAAGGGAGGAAACCGCAAUAAAGGGGUUUCUAAAUAAAUGUCUUUCGCUGUCCAUCUGCAUCAUGCUGUACUUCCAGCUGGUGAUCAUGGCCGGGACCAUCAUGCUGGCCUACUACUUCGAGUACACGGACACCUUCACCGUGCACGUGCAGGGCUUCUUCUGCUACGACACGUCGUACACCAAGCCGUAUCUGGGGCCGGAGGACAGCAGCGCCGUCCCGCCCAUCCUGCUGUACGCCGUGGUGGCCGGGCUGCCCACGCUGCUGAUCACAAUCACUGAAACGGUGUUGUUCCUGGUCCAGUACACAUCCAAAGAAUUUGAUCGCUCAGAGAAGACAGUGGCAACUGGCGACUGCUGUUACCUCAACCCGUUGGUGCGCAGAACCUUCCGGUUCCUCGGAGUCUACGCCUUUGGCCUCUUCACGGUUGACAUCUUCGUCAAUGCAGGGCAGGCAGUGACAGGGAACUUGGCGCCGUACUUCCUGACUGUGUGCAAGCCAAACUACACAGCACUUGGGUGUCAACAGGCGCUGCGCUACAUCAGCCACCAAGAGGCCUGCACAGGGAAUCAAGACGAUGUCCUGAAAGCCCGCAAGACCUUUCCCUCAAAGGAGGCUGCUCUCAGCAUCUACGCUGCUCUCUAUCUGGCUAUGUAUGUGACCUGCACAGUCCAGGCCAAGGGGACGCGCCUGGCCAAGCCCGUCAUGUCUCUGGGGUUCAUGUGUCUCGCCUUCCUCACUGGUCUGAACCGUGUGGCGGAAUACCGCAACCACUGGUCGGAUGUCAUCGCAGGUUUUAUCAUUGGCAUGGCCAUUGCCACCUUCCUGGUGGUGUGUGUCGUUCAUAACUUCAAAGGCAAGCUGCUGCUGAAUGACGACUCUCCUGCUGAGCUGCAGCCCAACGCGGCCAUGCUGAACAUGGGCCACCUGGACAGUCCUCUGGAGAAGUACAUCGCUUCCCAGGUUGAAUCACAUCGCCUUCGCUGAGGUCACAUGAUGUGGAAUCAGCUGUAUGGCAGACCCAUUGGACAUCCACACUCUUUACCGUCCAGUCUUAUUAGCCGGAGUGCAGCAGUAAACCAUACUGUGUGUGCGUGUGUGUGGGCGUGUACGUGUGGGCGUGUGUUUGUCUGUAUGUUGUUGAUCUAUGUUGUCUCUAUCAGGCUCCUAUUGUCAUCCACAGUUUACUGAACUCAAAAGGGGCAAAAAAUGUUGAGUCAGUAACUCGGUGUGACAGGCUGCUUCUGCUAUCCUCCAUCUAUGCACUUAUUCUGAGUUUUUAUCAGACUCUUUCCUCCCAAAUAGGGAAUUUUAGUUCUAAAGGCUUCAACAAACAGAAGAAUUGAACAUGUUCACAUAGAGUAAAACAGUGUUGUUGCAAAACAGUCAUAGCAUAGAAAAGCACUCCCAUUUUAAAUUUUGAGAGUUUUAUAUGUUAAAAGAAAAAAUAAAACGUCUUUUUAAAUGUGCAAUAUUAGCACAUUUUCCAUAUGAGCUGGUAAAGACCGGAUCAGUUCUGCUUUAUGCCAAACUAAUAGCACAGUUUACACUUUCUGUUUGAGUUGCUGACAUGACAGCAAAAAAAAAUUUAUCUGAACAGCAAAUUGACAGAUGGGAUUUUUACACUCUUGGUAAACGUAUUAAACUCAGACCUGAAAAAGAAACCAAAUGUAUGUAAAAAGUUUAAUGUCCGAAAACAAUACAAAUUUAACAGAAGUUGUCUUUCACAGGACAACACCUCUGCUGUGAAUGACUGAAGUUAGAGAAAGGUUUUUACUGCUGUGAAUCACUUACUUCAGUUUUAUUAAGGACUUUAGAACCAAAACCAGAAGGAUUUAGAAACUUCAAAGUCAAAAAGAUCCAUUGAAAACAGCAAAUAUUUGCGGGUAUGAAUGGAUAAUGUGUACACUAAAUGCUGGGUCUGUAUUGUAACAAAACUGUUAAGAACUUUAUCAGCCGCACAAGACAAUCAUCUUGUCGUUCCUUCAGUUCAUCCUGUUGUUUCAGUCAGGAACAGCACAUCCAACAGGACAAAUCCUUCUGUUUCUCCAGUGAAAAUAUUCAUUUGUCCUCCGUGUAUUUAUGUGUUUUUGAGAUCACCAUCAGCAGCAUGCUCCACCAGAUAUUUUUCCUGGGGUCUGUUUACAUAAAAGAGAGAGGUUACAUUUAUAAAAAAAAUUAUAUUAGAGAUGAAGUAUUAAAAUAACACAUUCAACCUUCCAGCAUUUUAAAGAAAAAUACAAACAUUAGUUUAAGAUAGGGGAACAUUUUAGAUUCCCCUCACUAGGUCAGUAGAUUUUUUUUUCUUUUAUAUAUAAAAAUAAACUAUUCAAAAUGACAUAUCAGUAACAUACCUGAUCAUGAUGCAGCAGAGAACUGUGAAUUACUCACAGCUGAUCUAAAUUCACCCACAAUAUUCAAAUUGGAAUCACAUUAAAAACAACACACACUGCUUAAGGAUUUCUCAGCCUUCAUGUUUUAUAAAUUCCCCCUCACUGCUCAAAUAACCUGGGCUGUAUUGGUUCAUCAAAAGGCUUGGUUUGGUACAUAAUUGGGUUUUAGCCUGUCAGUUAUGAUGUUGUUGGUACACUUCAAUCAACAAAAAUUAAUAAAUCUUUUUUUUAAAUUAUAAUUUGUUUUUAAUAAGAUCCUGCCAAUUUUUUAGAAUAAAACACUUAAAUGACUUUGGAGGGGCUUUGAUAUAAAGACAAUCCAGUCUGCCAACACUGGACACAGAUUGGACACCGCUGGCGGCUGGCUGGACGUCGGCCGAUUUUCUCCAAUACUAGUUGUGUUUACAUUCAGAUUGACUUGUUUCAAGUGAGAGCAGAGUCAUCUAUUCUGCUUUUUAAAGUCACAUUUUAAAGGUGGAUUAUAGAACGUUGCUUUGUGCUUUUAUUUCCACAUAUAAACUUUCUGCAUGUGUUCAGAUUUGAAACACGCCGUUCGGUUCAGUUCCUGGAACAUUCCUCCUACAAACAGCAGGAUUCCUGCUGACCUGUCAAGAUAAACAAAUCUUGUAAGCUGGUUUGUUUGCUAAGAAUUUGUGAAAAAGUAAUUGUUCAUAAGCAACUCACUCAAUGAGCAGCACUAUUCUGGGAAUGGUUAUACAGCCAUUUUAAAAGCCUUUAACAGCUAUUUACACAUUGACAUAAGAUUGAUAUGCAGUCUUUACAGAUCAUUGCUCAUAAGGCAACCUUCUGCCUGCUAUUAUUAUUUUUUGAUAAAACCUAAAUUCUUAUGGCCAGUAAUCCAUAACUAAGGAGGAAACUGAAAAGGUUUGUGUUUCGGACUGCUGUCACUGUGUGUGUGUUUGCUCUCCUCACAAAAGUUUUAAAAAGAACAAAAUGGAUCCAUGAGAGUCUGAAAUAUAAUAUCAAUAAACCAAUAUAGUUUUUAUUAUCUUGAGUGAGACUUCGUUUCAACACCUAACGUCACGACUUGAUGAAAUAAUGAAAUAAUGAUGGCUUUGUUUUCAAUCGCCUCUUGACCUAAUGUGUUAGCGAUGGCAAUCACCUUUGUUAUGCUGAAAGUUUGACUUGUUCAUACCUUAAAAACAGCAGAUGUUUUGGUUUGGUAGAUUUUUAUUUUUUUUUAUCUGGAAGGAAACCUGUUGGGUUCAAAUACAAUGUCAUAUGGUGCAGGAAGGCGAACAUUGAGAAGAUAAAAAGUGGUUUUCUUUAUGUUUUGAAAGCUUGAUGAAAAAACCUCAACAGUCCAAAUAAAAUGAAAUUUAUUACACAAUAAAAAAAAGAAAACAAUCUGAUGUUGAUGUUAGUGGUCCAUAAUGUAAAUUAACUUAUGUUAAUUAAAUAUGUUUUAUUUUAUACUCUUUUUCUGUUGAAUGAGUUAUGUAAUGUAUUAAUUUGUGGAGGACAUGAUAAAAGAGACAAUUAUUCUCAGGACUUUGAGACCAAACCAGUGACUGAAGGAAAACCCAACUAUCCAUCCAGCUGCUUCUGUGAGUGGAGGCUGGAUGUAGAGCAGGCUGGACAGACACACCCAGACACUGCAGGAAAGCUAAUGUCAAAUUUUACUUCUCUGUGUCGUGUUUUCACUUCCAUUCAUCCUCUGUGUCAUGUUGUAGCAGUAGCAGUCUUUCAUCAGAGGAUAGGAAGGAAUGAAAAGCGAUAACCCCCCAACACACACACUCAGAUGUCUAUUUUUGUACGGACGACUGAAGCAAUUGUGGUCGGAGUGCAGGCAGUGGCAUGCCAACAGCAGGAGCUCUCACUGCUGAUCAUGUUGAAACGAACAUCAUACUCCAUCACCUGACUCAGUUAGUAAAGCUGAUCAAACAUAAAGUAUAUCCUAAAAGUCAAUAAUAUUCUUGUUCAAUUAAAAAAAAAAUUGUAAAGAUGUUUAUGUUAACACAUUACUGCUGUCUAUUUUCCUAAGACUGUGCACUGUGUGACUGUUUCUUCUGGUGGAAACUGUUAUUGUUUUCCUCACGUCAGUUCAUGUUGAUCACACUCACAGAUAUGUUUCAUACUUUGUUGUGUGAAUAUUGAUUGUCAUGUUUAGUGAGAACUUUUACUGAGUUUUAUUCUAUUCCUGUUGCUCUACUAGAUCCUUACAUUUUAUUGACUUGGUUUCUACUAUUUCCCACAAUCCUUGUGCUGUAUAAGAUAUAUAAUAUAUAAAAUAUUUAUUUCCUUUUGUCACAGGUGUGGCUGCUCCUUUGCUGACAUAUUUAAUUGUGUUUUUCCAUUUCAUUUUCUUAUUUGUCUGUGUUCAGUUUAACUUGUGACCUUUUACACUGCAGAAAAGUAUCUAUCAGAAACUUUGAAUAAAAAAUAUUUAAAUCCUCCAAAACUUGUCCUGUGUCACUUUUUAAAGACAACACUAACAUAUUGUUUUCUAUAUUUAUAUCCAUACAUGACAUGUAAAUCACAUGCUAAAUACACGGUAAAAUGUAAAAGUAAAGUGUACUCAAAAAGAAAAGUGACCUGAACUCAUUCCAGCUUAUUCUGUUGACUAUACUAACUUAAACUUAGCAAA